AUGUUUUCCUUGUCUCUGAUGGUGGGCCUGGUCCCUGUCAUGUCCCUCUUUGGUUUGUUCUACUCUGCCGCAGUGGAUGAAAACUUUCCUCAGGGCUGUACGAGCAGCAACAAUUUGUGUUUCUACAGUCUGCUACUACCUGUCACCAUCCCUGUCUACGUCUUCUUCCACCUGUGGAGCUGGAUGGGAAUCAAGCUCUUCAGGCACAAUUAAAAUUUGAUGUCAUGUUAAA